AAUGGCAGAACUGUUGCGCGUUUCUAGCAACUGCAUCAGCUGAUCACUCGUAAACAAAACAAGAGCCAAACUUUUUUUUCUUUAUAAACUUAAACUAAUUGAAUAACUUAAUCGAAAUUUCGUAACCGUUAUCGUAAGCAGAAACCAUAGUAUUGUGUGCCAUGUGCACACUACAAAUUGAAGAGGAAGCCCAUCUGCUUCACAUAUGCGGCAGCCGUUCACCGAGUCCAAGGCCAAGGUCAGGCGAUCUCAGUCUCUUUGACAUAUGCUGGGACGACGUUCUCAUACCCAAAGUCGCCAAAUAUCUCAGUCUUAAGGAUUUGUUCAAUUUGCGUUGCUGUUCCCGGGUGGCUCAACGAUUUGCCGAGGCCUCCCUGGAAAUACGUGCUGAACUGCAUCUCUCUGGGAACAAUUCCAAAAAUAUUGAAAUUGCCUUCAAGGUCCUGGCUCGCUGCUGUCAUAGAUUGGAAGUUUUGCAUCUGGCAUGUUGUAAGUGGCUCAAGGAUGACCUCCUUUUGCCUUUACUCAAACAGAAUAAGCAACGAUUACGGGCUGUUAAUCUCAAUGAGUGCGUUAAUAUCACGGCUCUGUCGCUGCAGCCCAUAAUUGUGGAGUGCAAGGAGCUGCGAGUCCUUAAGUUGGCCAAAUGCCAGUGGUUGACCACUGGAGCUGUUGAUGCUUUGACCCUGCAUCAGAGCAAUCUAGUCGAAUUUGAUAUAUCCCAUUGCGGUGCCAUUGGUGAGCGAUGUCUCAUCAUAUUCUUUCGUAAGCUCAAUAAGUUGACCAUUCUAUCACUGGCCAAUACACCGAGUGUAACCGACCAAGUGCUAAUUCAGAUAGGCAACUACUGCAAGGAUCUGGAACACAUAAAUUUAAUUGGCUGUGCCGCCAUCUCCGACUAUGGAGUCCGUCUCCUCACAACGAACUGUAAACAGUUGCGGUCAUUGAUGGUCCAACGUUGUCCCAAGGUUACCGAACGAGUUCUAUUUCCAUUGCGUACGCAUAUUCAUAUUGAUCGUACAUAUCCAUCCGCUUGGCAGUUUCGUCGCUUUGUCCAGGCCAGAGAGGUUUAAAGGCCUAACCCUGACCGAUCCAUAAGAUAAACCAAAGAGAGUUAAAACCAAUAACUAAAUUACUGCAGAAGGAGGCUAAUGUGGACUAUAUAUACUCACUGUGAAUACAUAGGACAUUUUAAUAAUAUGUAUGUAUAUACGCUUUAAGCUUAAAUUUAAACAAAAAUUGUUAACAUAGAUCAUUAGGCAUAUACGAAAUAAAUAUUCUUGAAAUACA